GGGGUCAGACUCAAGAAUGUGUGGGCGAGCACUGUUUGAAGCUGCAACUAGUGGCUUGAAAUGGAGAUGAAGACAACAGCACAGUGAAGUAAGUGUUGGAAGAACUGCCACAAUGAAUGUGACAACAGGCCAUGUGGGAAUAAUCAACACCUUUAAUAUCAGUGGCAUCUCUGCUAAUGGCAGCACGGGCAUCCUGGACAUCCCUAAAUACAUAAACACAGCCAUCAAUGUUUUGACCAUCACCAUCCUCUUCAUCACUAUGAUUUCCCUUGGCUGCACAAUGGAGAUCUCCAAAAUUAAAGCCCAUCUUGUCAAGCCAAAAGGAGUGGCCAUUGCACUGCUGGCCCAGUUCUGCAUUAUGCCCCUCACUGCUUUCUCCUUGGCCAAAAUCCUGCAGCUGCAUCCCAUUAAGGCCAUAACCGUGCUCAUCUGUGGCUGCUGUCCAGGUGGAAGUUUGUCAAAUAUUUUUUCACUAAUAGUGAAAGGUGAUAUGAAUCUCAGCAUCGUCAUGACAACUUGCUCCAGCAUCGCAGCCCUGGGUCUCAUGCCUCUGCUGCUGUACGUCUUCAGCCAAGGCUUCACUGGUCUGGAAAAUGCUGUGCCAUAUGUUGGCAUCAUCACCGCCCUCGUAUCCACACUGGUGCCUUGUGCCGUUGGCAUUCUCAUCAAUCACUACAAACCAAACUACUCAGCAGCUGUCACAAAAGCUGGUCUCAUCAUCCUGACGUUUUCCACCAUCGUAGUUUCGGUCCUGUCGGGUUUUGUUGUGAAGGACGUGAUAUGGAUGAUCUUCAUGCCCGACGUCGUCUCUGUGGCUGUGCUGAUGCCUUUGAUCGGUUUUACGCUGGGAUAUGUCAUGUCAGUCAUUUGCAAACUCAGUCCAAAGUGCAGCAGAACCAUCUCCAUGGAGACAGGAUGUCAAAACAUCCAGCUGUGCACCACCAUUCUAAAGGUGGCCUUUCCCCCGCAGGUCAUUGGACCCAUGUUUCUCUUCCCUCUGUUAUACAUCAUGUUCCAGUGCGCUGAGGCCCUCCUCCUGGCCUUGUGCUUCAGAUAUUACCAAACAGUCAAGCCACCUGCUGGGGAUACUGGAACACAGAAACAUGUUGGUGUUAAUCAAGACGAGGUGAAACAGCCAUGACAGCGUUAAAGAGAGGAUUCCUGGAUGAACUCAUUCAGGGCCGUGACGCAGACUGGAAGACUUACAAAGAACUACUUUUACGUUCAAAUAAGAAGUUGAACUGCUCAAAUCGUGUAUUUAUGUUUUACAUGCAAAAUAUCUUGUGUAAAAUUCUGAUUUGAUCAUUUAUGCAUAAAAUUAUUAUCAAGUUGUCAAAUUUUCACUGGCUUUUUUCCAAGACUCAAGAAUCGCAUACUCAGAUAAAACUAUAUAAAAAAAAAAAGAAACAAAAAAGCAGGAUACCAUCAGUUUCAACACAUCAAAUAAUAUUUAAUCAAACUGACAUAUAUACAGGAUAAACAUAACUUAAAACUUUUUACAUAUAUUAAAAUACCACCUUAACUAAAAACAAAUCAACCCAGUCAACACUAAGAUCACAUUAAUCUGUACACUUCUCUUUUUUUGUGUGACGUAUAGUUCUUCCCGAUCAAUUUUACA